AUGCCACUACACCAAGGACCUCUGGACAUCGAGGAUCAACUUGCCAUCAUUGCGGACGCCCGCAUAGGCGAUCUUGACAGCCUCAAGCAAAUCUUUUCCGAGCUCAUCGAUCCAAAGCUCCUGCCAUCGUGCAGCGACCCAGACACGCUCUGCACGCCGCUGCACAUGGCUGCCGCCAACGGACACGCCGACGUCGCCCGCUACCUGCUCUCGCUGCUCGAGCCCGCCGCGGCACGCGACUGGGCUGCCGCACAGAACGCAACCGGUAACUCUGCCCUUCACUGGGCCGCCCUCAACGGCCACCUCGAGGUCGUCAAGCUACUGUGUGACGACUACGCCGCCGACCCCUUCGUCCGCAACUCCUUUGGCCACGACGCCAUCUACGAGGCCGAGAGUUGCUCCCGCGACGACGUCGAGGCAUACUUCUUGCAGAAGUACGACAUUGCCCCUACACAGGAUGAUUCAGCUGGCGAUGCUGCGGAGGGCCCUGCCGACCUGAAUGUCGCCGUCACUGCUGGCACAGAGAUCGAGCAGGUUACCCGUGAUGCCGCGGAGGCGCUGCGCGCGCAGGCCGAGCGCCUUGACCUCGCCAACUGA